AAUGAGAAAGGCUGUUUUGUGUGCUUGCGCUUCGCUGGAAGUACCGAUCUAAAGUGUAAACGCAGUUAGGUCGUUUAAACAGGUUGCCCCCCCUCCCCCUCUACAAAUCUCUCUCUCUCUCUCUCUCUCUCUCUCUCUGUGAUUCGUCAAAAAGGAAAGGGAAUCAGGGAAUAGACGAAAAGGGCAGAGAAGAGGAGGCGAGACGGUGAUCUCUCUCCAAUCGCAUUCAUGGCGGGUAGACCAUUGCCAAAGUUUGGAGAAUGGGAUGUUAAUGACCCAGCUUCAGCAGAGGGAUUCACAGUAAUCUUCAAUAAGGCUCGGAAUGAGAAAAAGACGGGCGGCAAGAUUGACUCGCCACCAAUGGUUGACUCAAAAUAUAAGCACGGGGCAGUUCUUGGAAAACCUCACUCUCAGAAAAAAUGGUGUUGCUGCAUAAAAUCUGCUUAUGCAGAAUCAUGAGGCUUCUCUUACCUCAUAAUAGCUUGAAUAGGAAAGCAUGCAUCGUUUGUUCAUCCCCGAGCCCAAAACAUAUUCCAGAAGACUGGAGCUCUAUUCAGAAGCUAUGAUGGAUCCUACUGGAUUUGUUUGUUGUGUCCUAAACUUGGUGAUAAUGUGCUCUUAGAGAAGUUUAAGGAACAAUGUUAUAUUAUGGUCAGUAUACCAGUUGGUUAUCAUUGGGUGCUUCUCUUCUUUAUUGAAGUCGUAUGACUUGACACUACUAUUUGUGACAAUUUGUUUCUUCAUUAUUUUGAGUGAAUUUGAUUUCUUCUUUCCUGGUUAA